CACCUCGCCGCUCAUUUCCAUUUCCCCCGAGGCCCCGACAGCCUUCUCUGGUGGAAAUAGGACGCGACCGGCGUCCCGUCCGUUCGCGAUCUUUCUUCGCGGCCGCUAAUUUUCUCGCCUGCUCGCGAGCGAGCUCGGCCGCUUGCGAUAUUAUUUCGCCUGCCCUCGCCCUAAAUCUUCUUCGGCCGUUGAUCUCCUCGCUCAGAGCAGUUCGUGUUUUUCUGUUGCGUUCUCCCGUCAAGUGCUCCAUCAUCGAGCGUUGUCCAGCAGCUUCGCAGUUCCCGAUCUCACGCAGAGCAGUUCGUGUUCUCCCUCCCGAUAUCCACUGUUUUAUUAAAUACGAAUUUACAGGAUUUGCUGAUAAAUCUUACCUGGGUCAAAUCCUUCUUAUAGCCCGACAAGCCGAAUACUUUUUCACCCAUCGGAACAAUUUUAAUUCGUCUCCUUGGUCCCUGUUUGACCCGCUAUCUACUGAGAGAUAGAUAACCAGAGCAACCAGAGCCAUGCCGGACGUUCAAACUCUCGUCAAUGACUUCGUUCUCAAACUAAAGCGGCGUAAGAUCGAAGGAUCGCAAGCGAGCGCAAAGCAGACAGCUGAGCUGCUGCGAAGUGUGGUCUCCCAGCAGCGGUUGCCAUACAUUAACCAGGCGACGGUGCUCUUAGAUGCUGUGAGGGCCGUUGGAGAGCAGCUGAUCGCUGCAAACCCUGUAGAGCUUGCUGUUGGCAACAUUGUGAGACGUAUAUUGCACAUUAUUAGAGAGGAAGACUUAACAUCAACAGCAAGUGCAAUGGAGGGAUUGAGCUUAUCUGCUAACAGUGAUGAUGAUGACAACUAUGAACGUGAAGACCACCAAGCUUUGUCUGCUGCCGCUGUUGCUGCUGCAGCAAGAAGCACCCUUCGGGCACCCUCAUUGCAGACACUUCUUGAAGGAAUACCUGAGUCUGCUUCUGCUCCUCAUCCUUCAUCAUCAGGAGGCGACUCCGAAGGGAAGAGUAAAUCAGCUGAAAGGAGUUCAAGAAGCAAGAAGCUGAAACAUGAUGUCAUUGAGGCCAUCAAUGAAUUGAUUCAAGACAUCGAGACUUGUCAUGAACAAAUUUCUGAACAGGCAGUGGGGCUUAUUCACCAAAACGAGGUGAUAUUAACUUUGGGCCGUUCAAGAACAGUUAAAGAGUUUCUCUGUGCAGCAAAUGAGAAGAAACGUUCUUUUCGUGUAUUUAUUGCGGAAGGUGCACCAAGGUAUCUGGGACAUGUUCUUGCGAAGGAGCUGGUUGCAAAAGGUUUGCAAACUACUGUCAUCACAGAUUCUGCCGUUUUUGCCAUGAUCUCUCGAGUGAACAUGGUGAUAGUUGGUGCUCACGCCAUUAUGGCGAAUGGUGGUGUAAUAGCACCUGUCGGAAUAAAUAUGGUUGCUCUUGCUGCUCAGAGGCAUGCUGUCCCUUUUGUGGUGGUUGCUGGAAGUCACAAGCUAUGCCCCUUGUAUCCGCAUAAUCCGGAGGUUUUACUAAAUGAUUUCAAAAGCCCAUCUGAUUUGUUGGAUUUUGGGGAGUUCUCAGAUUGUAUGGAUUUUAGCACGUCUGGAGGUUCUCCACGUCUUCAUGUUGUAAAUCCUGCUUUUGAUUUCAUUCCUUCAAAGCUUGUGAGCCUUUUCAUCACUGAUACGGGCGGGCACAGCCCUUCAUACAUAUACCGGCUAAUUGCAGACUACUACUCUGCUGAUGAUUUUGUUGUGCGGCGACGAUCAACAACAUCAUAGGGAUAAAACAUGUUUAAGCAUGAUUUUGCAUUACCUACUAUCCUUUCUCAACCAUGAAUAUAUAUAUAUUUUUUUCUUUGAUCAUGUCCAAGUUUACUUUACUUGGUCAGAUUUUUUGUUGUUGUUGUUGUGGAGAAGUAUUGCAGGGUGUUUUUUUUCAGAAAUAUAUGUUCUUGAUGUUUUCUAGUAGCCGAAUCAUUUUUUUUCAUCAAAUAUAAUUUCUGUUGGCAACAUAGUUACCUACAUAUGCUGAGAUUUGUUCUUUGAGAACCAGAUUUC